AUGUCCGUCAGUUCGUGGUUAUCCUUCGUUAGCAGCGAGAUAGGGCUAAGUACCCUAUUCAACUCCUCCUGGGACGUGUACAUCAUUAUCGCAUUGAGAAUGAUCAGGCUCAUUGGGUUCGGUUCAACCUCAUUGAUUCUUGCUUUGUAUUUGAAAACUUUGGGAAUUGAUGAAUCUUACAUUGGAUUCUUUAUGACGCUAACUUUUGUUGGAGAUUUGACUACUUCAUUUUUGCUCAGUUUGGUGACUGACCAAAUUGGUAGAAAGCGUGUUCUUGUGUUGUGUUCGGUACUCAUGUUGGCCACUGGUGUUGUGUUUACAACAUUGGAUAACUACUACUUGCUUCUUGUUACUGCUGUGAUUGGAAUUUUAACUCCGUCGGGUGGAGAAGUUGGACCAUUCAGGACGAUUGAGCAAUCGAGUAUCGCCUCAUUGUGUAACCAAACAGAAAGGUCAGAUAUAUAUGCUUGGUACACAUUUUUGGGUCUGUUUUGUGCUGCGUUUGGAUCGUUUGUCGCUGGACUGAUUAUUGAUCUUACGAGAAGAGAAUGGGGGUUCAAUGAAAUUGAGAGCUACAAAAGUGUGUUUGGUUUGUAUUGUGUCCUUUCGUUGAUCGGUGUCAUUUUGUCUUUGUUCAUUAGUAGUGCUAUUGAACCAAAGAAGAUAGUUGCACGCGAUGAAGAAGGUGCUGUGGAGGGUGAUGCAGCAGGAACUGAGUCAUCUAGUGCUUCGGCAAGCGAGACAACUCAACUCCUUGGACAACCUAAACCUAAGCCUAAACCAAAGGGAACGUUCUUUAAUCUUCUUCCACAUUUGUCACCAGAUGUCUACUUGACUGUGUUGAAGAUUUCAUUAUUAUUUGGUCUCGAUUCAUUUGCAUCGUCAUUGACGCCACUUUCAUGGACAUCAUACUAUAUUAAACAGAAAUUUGGCAUCCCCUCGUCAUACCUUGGAUCUGUAUUUUUCAUCACUGGGUUUAUCAGCGGUGCAACCUCGUUAGGGUCCACGUCAAUGACAAAGAGACUUGGUCCUGUUGUGACUAUGGUGGCUACACAUUUACCCGCAUCUAUUUUAUUGGCGGUUUUGCCAUUCCCCAAUUCAUUCAAGGUAACUUUGACGAUCUUGGUGUUGAGGGCUUCAGUGCAAACAAUGGAUGUCGCUCCGAAGCACGUUUUCUUAGCCGCUACUGUCCCUGAUGAUGACAGAACAGCCGUGUUUGGGUUUGUUAAUGUUGUAAAGACAUUGGCGCAAAUCGUGGGUCCUAGUAUUGUUGGUGUGUUGACAGAAAAAGGCUUGCAAUGGGUUACUUUUACAGUUGGAGGUUCGUUGAAGGUUGUUUAUGACUUGGGUGUUUUGUUCACCUUCUUGACAUUGAACAAGAACGGAGCAUAUUAG